UUGGUUUGAUUGAUCUAGCUACGAACUAUUCCGUGCAAAUCUACUAUCUACUCCGUAACCUGCCGGCGACUAUAGACAUCUAGACAUCUAGGUUCAUCUUCGUUUGUUUUCUCAGCGAACUACCAACAACAACAACGAAGCCCCCAGGCCGACCGAGAGGAUGGCUGAUGCGCCAAUUCCCGUCUGGCUGGACUGCGAUCCGGGCCACGAUACUUGCUUGGUCUGGACGACGGGUGGUCCCGACCAUCUCCCCCUCUUUCCACUCACGGCCCCGGGUCCUAUCGCGCAGGCCUCCUUGCCCCCCUCCGUCCCGUCCCGUCCCGCAUCACUUCCGGCUCCAUCGUCACCCCCGUGCCCGAUACAGUCCGCGCCGUGCACAGAUGCCGGCCAAGGUCGGCAAACCUCUCCGGGGGCCCGAGUCACCCCCUCUCGUUGUCGACCACGAAUAUCUACCUCAGAUGCCUUUGCCAUUCUUCUCGCAGCAUACCACCCAACCAUUCGGUUCCUCGGAGUGUCAACUGUGUUUGGCAAUGCAUCACUCGAGAAGACGACGAGAAAUGCAUCGUCCAUCCUGACCGCCAUCGGCAAGGCGCGCGAGGUGCCCGUCUUCGUCGGCGCCUCGCACGCCCUGGCCCGCCCGCCCAUGCACGCGCCCACCGACAUACACGGCGAGUCGGGCCUGGACGGCACCGACCUGCUGCCCCAGCCGCUGGUGGCCCCUAACCGGGAAGUGCCGGCGGUCGACGCUGCCGCCGCUGCGCUGCGUGCCGAGGCGCCCGGCACGGCCUGGGUCGUGGCCACGGGGUCCUUCACCAACGUGGCCGCGCUCUUCAUGCAGCACCCCGACCUUGUCGGCCACAUCAAGGGCCUGUCGCUCAUGGGCGGUGCCCUCGGUGGCGGCUUCACGCCCGCCGUCAUGGGCCACGUCGACGGCAUGCCGCGCAUCGGCAACUGGACCCAGUUCGCCGAGUUCAACGUGCUCGCCGACCCCGAGGCCGCCGCCGCCAUCUUCAACAACAAGGCCCUCGCCGCCAAGACCACCCUCGUCACUCUCGACCUCUCCCACCAGGUCCUGACCACCCGCGAGGUCCGCGACCUGAUCCUCUACGGUCCCGGACACGGACCCGGACACGCCCACGACGGCCAGCCCAAGACCGGCCCCGGCAAGACGACGCUGCGCACCAUGCUCGUCGAGCUGCUCAUGUUCUUCGCCAAGACGUACAGCGACGUCUUUGGUAUCACCGAAGGGCCCCCGCUGCACGACCCGCUCGCCGUCGCAGCCAUACUAACAGAAAUCGGCACAGACAAUAACAACAAAGAGGACGCGAUCCCCUUUUACGACUUUGACCCGCUCAAGACAACCGCGUCAGCAUCAUCGCCGCCCGCGGAGCGCUUCGACGUGGCCGUCGUCACCGAGGGCACGUACGAGGAUGCCCACGCCGGCGCCCGCACCGGCCAGAUCACUACCACGCUACUACCCCCCGGAGCCCAAGGCGUCCGAAUCCCCCGCGGCCUCGACAUCCCGCGCUUCUGGAAGGUCCUCGAGGAGUGCGUGUCCCGCGCUGAUGCUGCCAAUGCCGUUGCCGCCGCUGCCGCCGCUGCCGCCGUUGCCGCCGCUGGCGCUUGAGGCAGGCGGAUGGAUGGAUGGGGCAGGGGCUUUUGUUUGUUGGCUUGGAGAAUGUGUAGGCAUGGGUGGGUAGGUAGGUAGGUAGGUAGAUGAAUGGUACUAGAGCUGGACAGACAGACAGAAGCGAGUUAUUUGGCUUACCGCAUCUUUGAUAGACUAGCAAGCAAGCAAGCAAGCACUGAAUCACUACUUGUGAGUCCCGCCCUUAUGGUUCUUCUUACCCGUGCGGAUCAGGGACC